AUGGAUGAAAACAGUAAAGAUUUAAGUCAUAGAAUGACACCGGAUGUUUCAGGCCCCAAAUUGAUAAAAACAGAGUACCCAAAGAAUACACCAGGGCCUACAUAUGCUUGCCCUUACUGUGAAGGCAGAUUUUUGUACCACAGACCGUUUGGAUUGGUAGAAUGCCCCUUCUGUCAUAAGCCAAUAUCGAUCGGCCAUUAUAUUAGAAUUCGGGCGCUUUCUCAAAUGUUCAUCGGACUAUUUGCAGUUUUGACUAGCAUAAGUUUAGCUACAGUGAUCAUGACAGUUUUCAACGAAUCGUCUCACGUCUAUCUUUUUGCUGUUGGAGGGUUUGCACUGCUCGGCUUGUUUCUGAUGCUUCGCGGUGUCUACUUACAGUCGAAGUAUCGUGAAACGGAAAGAAUCGAAUUUUAG